AUGUUCGGACGUGGUCUGGGCGCCGAGAUCUCGGGUAUACUUCCGGUCCACAGGGCGAUCUAUGGCUCGUUCACACCUCCGGUGCCUGCACCCAUGACGCAAUGGCACUUCGAGGAGUUGAUCAAGCUGGAGCCAUGGGUGCAGGAGAUGCAGCGAUUGGCAGGGAGUCCAAUGCCGCAGAAUUUGCAAAUGGUCGAUGCCGGAGAUCAUUUGAUGGAAGACGUCCUGACACUGCAGGAAGAGUACCUCAAGGAAGCGUUGGCUUUGAGACCCUCCUGGCCCGGCCAGCGAAUGGACUUGGCCGUGCAGCAGAUGGGGCUGGCCCGUAAGGUGUUCAAGGAGGCUGUCCUCUUCAGCUAUGAUCUACGCUCUAACGACAAGCAGCUCCAGGCGGCCAUUGGGAUGUUCCGAGACAAUCACGCACGCCUGAAGGAUGGCGGCGAAGCGAUUCCUGCCAUCAUGCUGCCCGAGCGCCAGGAUCUCAUGGAUCAAUGGGAGCUGGUGGAUGCUGCUUGGAAUGAGCUGCUCCUGUCUCAGAAUGAGAUGACGGCCGACACAGUGACCAAGACGGAGGUCCUCCUGGAAAGACUGGUGGAGCAGCUUCAGCUCUUUGUGCCGCUCUGUGGCCUAGAAGAUGUGAAGUAUCCAGAUCAGUUCCCCUAUUCAUUGCUGGCCUAUGGUGUCCUCGGAUUUCUCUUCGUUUGCUGCUGCUGCGUAGUGGCAUUCAGGAUCUUCUCCCACAAGCAUAAGCGCCAAGCUCAAAAUAAGAAGAGCCCUGCGUCGAGUUCUGCGGCUGCAGCAGAAAGGGAUGAUGUAUGA